AGGAUAUCAUCUUAAUAUAACGCCGCUGUCACGUACCAUCUUUUUAGCUGAUAUAUUCCCAGAAUCCAACCAGCCAAAAUGAAGUUCUCUAUGGUUAUUGCCCUCUCCAUUGCUGGAGCUGCCAUCUGUAACGCCGAGCACGAAUCAGAGGUACUCGACCAGCCUAUUGAAGGAGUUAUGGACUCCGUCGUUGCGGACGCUGAAAAUGAUAUCUUGAACCAGGAUGAUGAAUCAACUGCUGAACCCUACUACGUCGAGGGAGAAUCCAACGCCGCUGCCGCCGGAUGCUGCAGUUCCAAUUCAGUUCCUGGUAACGGCACUACAGAGGAACACAGUCUUUACAUGGUUGAAAGCGACUCCGACUCCUCAGAGCUCGAACCUAAGGUCCUUAUUACUCCUAACACCGAUGUGGAAUCCACUGAGUGUUAUCGUAAUCUGACAGGUUACUCCAAUCCCCAUGAAGCUGGCACUAGGUCCGCGGAGACUGCUGAACAACAAACUGAGGAAGCUAAAAAGCCCGCUGGAUUCUUCAACCAGCCAUACGUCCCAUUCGCCGUAUUCGCUAUCGUUGUUGCCACCGUUUGGGGUUAAAUGAUGGAAUGCUGUCCAUGAAUAUAAUACAAAUGCAGUUAAGAGGUAAACACAUUCGUAUGUCACCUAUUUGUGAAUAUAUACAAUGCAUGACCUGAUUGUCAAAAUGUGUUGUUAGAGCCCCGGUUGGUACCACGAUUACGAACUUGUUGAGAAAGGUAUUCAUUCGGUAACUUUAAAAGGUGUUUUGCCGUUGUAAUGUACAAUGCUCUAACCGACUAGGUCUGCUAACAACAUGGAUAAGAAACAAGAAUAUGCCGUUAAAAACUGGUAUGUCUAUCUAUAAGAACAAUAUAUCGUAUAAAAUCAAAAUUACAUAUAAAGUAAUGCACUUAUCAACAUUCGUU